GGUCAGCACUCCCUAGUGGCUAGUAGGUAAAUCUAACAAACCUAAUAUAACCACAUUACUAGACGCGGAACGCUGGAAAUAAGCGACACUUCAUCUUUUCUCGAUUCUUUUGAUUCUUAUAUGAGCGUGCCGUUGAUGUUAAAUUAUUGUGAGCACACUUUUAUCUUCACGAAGUAAUCUUUCUUUUGUAUCCCUCGUUUAAGCUGCAUCGUGUAAUUUUGCACGAUGAAGCUCAACGUGUCUUUCCCAGCGACAGGAUGUCAAAAAUUGUUUGAAAUUGCUGAUGAACACAAGCUUAGAAUAUUUAAUGAAAAGCGUAUGGGGGCUGAAGUAGAAGCUGAUUCAUUAGGCGAUGAAUGGAAAGGCUAUGUUGUUCGCGUUGCUGGUGGAAAUGACAAACAAGGGUUUCCAAUGAAGCAGGGUGUUCUAACUAAUGGUCGCGUACGUCUAUUGCUUUCAAAGGGUCAUUCAUGUUAUCGACCACGUCGUGAUGGAGAACGCAAACGUAAAUCUGUUCGAGGAUGUAUUGUCGAUGCAAAUUUAUCAGUCUUGGCUCUUGUGAUUAUUAAAAAAGGUGAACAGGAAAUACCCGGACUUACUGAUACAAAUAUUCCACGCCGCUUAGGACCAAAACGUGCCAGUAAAAUCCGUAAACUUUUCAAUUUAACAAAACAAGAUGAUGUUCGACGAUUUGUUGUUAAAAGACCCAUUCAGAAAGAAGGCAAGAAAGAACGAUUUAAGGCACCUAAAAUCCAGCGCCUUAUUACUCCUCUGACUUUACAGCGUAAAAGGCAUAGAGUUGCGCUGAAAAAAAGGCGUUGCUUAGCACGAAAAGAGCAAGCUGCUGAAUAUGCAAAACUCUUGGCUCAGCGACAGAAGGAAGCUAAAGCUCGUCGUCAAGAAGAAAUAAAACGAAGACGUAGUGCUUCUAUUCGUGACUCAAAAUCAUCAAACCAAUCAACACCAAUUGCUGUCAAAUAGCUAUCCUGUAUAUUAAUUACGUGAUAGUUAACAUGAUCUUAUAAUUAAUAAAUACGAUCUUAUAAUAUA